AGCCCCACCCGGCCGUGCCCGCAGGCCCUGAGUCGGUCCACCAUGUCCCGCACCACCACUACCGCCACCGCCGCCACUACCACGACGAUCUUCUGCUGCUCCUCCGUCGUCGUCGUCGUUGUUGCCGUCCUCGCCACCGCUGCCUCGGCCUCGCUCUGCCCGCUCACCGCCCAGCUCCCUGCUUCUGCGGCGGCGACCAGUCUCUCCAGCUGUCGGAUUUACGCCGAUCGCGAGGUGUGCUGCCCAGAGGGCUCGGCGUCUGCUGCUGCGCGCGAUGCUGCCAUCGCCUCGCUCAUCUGCGCUCUUCACUGCGCGCCGGAGGCUGCUGUUGGCCUUGCUGACGAUGCCGACGGCCGCGCCCGCAUCCAUCUCUGCGCUGCCUCGUGCACUGCCGUCCAUGCCGCCUGCGCAUCGGUGCUAGACGAUGAAGCGCUCGCUGAGAGCCCCAUCGCCUUUUGUGCCCGGCUCGCUGCCGACCUGCUUGUCGCCCCGGACGCGUCUGGGGCCGCCGCUGCCGUCUUUGACGGAGUUGGCUCCGACACGCCGUGCUUUGCGGUCUUCCCGACGCCGCUCCCGUUGCGCGCGGCGUCGAGCGAUACCGCGUUGUGGCGCGCGCGUGGCGCCGUCGUGGGCACUGCGCUUGCCGGCUUUGUCGCCAUUGCGGCGUACGCGUGGUGCGGACUCCCGUUUGCCCGCCCGCAGCCGUAUGCGCUUGUCGACGACUCGGUCUUUGCCCUGGGCUCGGCCUCGUCGUCGCUUGACGGCACCGAGCUGCAGGACCUCAUUGUCUCGCCCUCGCCGAGGAGCAGCUCGCCGUCGUCAUCGGCGUCUGUGGCGUCAGCAGGACUGUAG